AUUGUGGGCAAUUAGGUUAUGUAAAUUAUUCGUGUUAAGUGUAUUUCUAUGUCAACACCAGAUCGGAUCCUUUGGCGGAUUCUGCACACGGACACCUAAACACUGCUCCCAAAAUGUGCACGGGGAAGGAAUAUCUGGAGCUAGUCAGCAUCCUUGCACAGGCAAAGCCUCCAAGAUCCCCGGAACUUAGGCCUUGCAACCAGCACGAGAUCCUGCUGCAGCUCAUCUGCCAUCGCAAGGAGCCGCUGAGCAAGAGCCAACUGGCGGAUCUCCUGUGGAACAUGACCAGUGGUCCCAAGAGGAAGUUCAAGAGGAGGCAGUGCGGCGGCAUGGACGGCAGGAAUCCAGCAGAGCCGACCGAUGUCGAAGUGGUGUUCGGGUGCAGGGAGAAAACACCACCUUCCUCCAUUUCGCACAGAGGCUGGGGAAGAUCACGCAUCGAGUGGCUGCGCAAGCUGGAGGUGCAGCAGAGGCAGUACUGCCACCCAUGGCAGGAAACACCAGGAGCCGAUGCCACCAACAAGGCAGGUAUGGAGUCCAGCAAAAAGGAGGCGGGAUGCGGAAAAUCCACCAAAAAGGACAAGGCAUGCGAGAAACACAGCAGAAAGGACGAGGCCGGCGCUGGAGAGAAGGACAAGAAGAAGGAGAGGACCAGGACCAAGAGCAGGCCACCCGGCUACUGGGCUAUGCUGCCCUUCGGUUGCGGCCGGAAUCUCACCCAUGAUUCCAGCUGCCAGGACGUGCCGCACCGCAGGAAGAGUUCGUGAUUCGCCUUUUCGGUCUCAACUUUUUCGACCAGGCUGCAGUUUGAUUUCGAUUUGCAGUUUCGCUGGCACCGCAAUUAAAUUCGGCUGCAGACACAAGUCCCGUCUAGUGGCAGAUGCGAAAGUUGCAUUCUGCGGCUGACGAGUGCCUCCGCCGCAGGACGAGUCUGAUUCCAAGUCACGGCCUAAUUUGAUGAAAUCGUCAAGUGCCAAGGAGAAGGCAAAGUUUUUGACGCCAAUUGAAAUCGGCGCGGGACUCGAAGUUGGUCUGUGGCUCAACAGGGCACUGGGUACUUCGAGCAGGAAGAUGGAACAGCAAAAAGGCAAGCAUAUCUACUUCAACAUACAACUACUUUGGGUUUCUUGUUAAGUGGAAUGACCUCUGAUGCAGCAACUUUAAUUAAAUAGAUGUGCUAAGCCGAAAACUCGUACUUUGAUAAAUUUGUAUUGGUAGCACAUUUUUUGGUCUUUUAAGAUUGUAAAAAUUCAAUUAUAGUACCCAGCUAGUUUUUAAUGUUUG